AUGGAAACGGAUGGGGGCAUAUCGGGGGGAAGAGAACGCAGGGAAGGAGACAAGGCUGAGAAUUCCAAGAGAAACGGGCUGUGGCUGUCUCGUCUUCAGGCUGCAAACGUGUCGGAAGUGCCCGUGGGGUCGGUGGGAGCUGCGGGGGAGGUGGCAGCUAUCGCAACCCUGACAGAGCUUGACUUGUCAUACCACCUGCUCAACAACUGGCACGAGGUGCAGAGGGUAGGAGAUGAGCUGCCAGGCCUCACAGCCCUCGACAUCGGCCAUUCCAGACUCUCCUUUUCUUCGUUUUUUGGAGUCUCGUCUCCUCCUCCUCUUGCGCUCUCCGUUUCCCCGUUGGCUCGGCUCAAGAAGCUUGGGCUGAGCAACACACGGGUCACAUGGGCCCAGGUGGAGGAACUUUCGCGGCAGCUUCCCCUCCUCGAGACCCUGGUUCUGAUCAGGAACGAGAUUGCGGAGCUGCGACCCAUCGGUGGUGCCGAUGUCGGUCGUGCUCCUCUGGACUGCCUUCAGCAUCUGACCUACCUAGACCUAUCCAGCAAUCGCAUUGCUGACUGGGCUCAAGUCUCCUUCCUCUCCGCCUUACCCUCCUUGAAGUGGCUGCUCCUUACAGGAAAUCGGAUCACCAACAUCCCAGGGACUGAUGACAAAGCUGCAAACGCCUCUAGCUUUCACAACCUGCACCAUCUUUCAUUAGCUGACAACAACAUCUCUCACUGGUCGUCCAUAGAUGCCCUGGCCAUCACAUGCCCCAACCUCAAGGAUCUCGUUCUCUCUCACAAGCCUUAUGUGCCCAGAUUGCCUUCAGCCAAUCAAAGGCCAGCCUCAACCACCGCUCCGGCCAAUGGCAACGCAACAAAUGGCAAUGGGACAGAGGCCGGAGAGGCAGCGAAUGGGAGCCUGACACCUGGCAGUGGCGGUGCUGCUGCUACUGCUGAUGGGGAGGAGGGUGGUGGGAGGGUGGAGAGGUGUGAGUUUGGGCUUGGGGUGACGGAGGAGGGGAGGAUGGGAGUGAUUGCGAGACUGGGGUCGAUUCAGAAGCUCAAUUGUGUUCAGAUCCUACCAAGGGAGCGCCUGGAUGCAGAGAUAUGGUACAUCUGCCAUGCCAUCCGCUCGCUCCCCCACGCCACAGCCCUCCCUCAACUCGUCUCCGCGGGCCACCCCGCCCUGCCUGCUCUCCUUGCCAAGCACGGCCUCGACUUGGUAUCAGAGCGAAGGAAGCUCCUCCCAGGCGUCCAUGCCGAGGCUUCCACAGCUGCUACCCUUGCUGCUGGUACUGCCAGUGUUGCCGGUGCUGCCGGUGCUAGCAGCAAUUCUGGUGAUGUUACUGCCACCUCCAAUCGCCCUAGCAGCUCUUCAUUCCUCAGCAUCACGUUCCGGGUGAUUGCUCCUGAAUGUGGCAGUAGCAGCACGGCAAAGGAAGUCACCAAGAAGCUUCCUCAGUCCACAACAGUGUCUAAAAUGCGGCCCCUCAUUGCUCGACUGCUCAAGCUGGACCCUCACUCCUUCUCCCUCUUCCUCCUGCCAUCCACUCUUGAAGGCGUUCAGCUGUCUCCGAGGUGGGAUUUUGUUGAGCUCUUUCUUUCCAGCACCGCGCUUCUCUUACAGUAUCUCGUCUAG